CCAGGUCAACAAAGCCAAGGGAGGAGGAUACGAGGAGUCGUAUGAGGAAUGUGCGCUUCUAUUUCUCAACAUCCACAACAUUCACGUAGUUCGUGAAUCGCUGAGAAAGCUGAAGGACUGUUUAUUUCCUCGGGUGGACGAGAAGAAUUAUUUCAAGCUUUUGACCUCUUUGGCAAUGGUUCAAUUGGAUCCGUAUUAUCGAACUAUCAAAGGUUUUGCCGUAUUGAUCGAAAAAGAAUGGUGCAGUUUUGGGCACAAAUUCGCUCAUCGGAUAGGUCACGGAGAAGACAAAGCAUCCGAUGGUGAGCGUUCUCCGGUUUUUGUACAGUUCAUCGACUGCGUAUGGCAACUUUUACAGCAGCACGAGUGUCAUUUCGAGUUCAACUCGUUUUUACUGGUGACAAUACUUGAUGAGUUAUAUGCGUGCAGGUUCGGGACAUUUUUGUUCAACAGCGAGAAACAACGUUUGGUUGAAAAUAAGUGCGCGAAGAACACGGUGUCUUUGUGGACGUACAUACUCGAAAAUAAAACGUCUUUCUUAAAUCCUUUGUACAAUAAAGACCAGCGUACUGUCCUCAUUAUGAACUCGUCAAUGCGUGUGCUUCAAAUAUGGAAAGAGUAUUAUGCAAGACAUAACCCACUUGUCAUUGCACCAGGUUCACUGAGAAUAGGAACGGAUUUGACUCGAAGUUCGUCAGUGGGGUUACAUGUAUCUAUUCAGGCGGCAAAACGCUAUGCUCUUGAACGAGCGUGCGGAAAACGGGCUUUGCUCGAAGAGUUAGUGAAUAUGUCACAAGUGUAG